AUGCCUUCUGCCACAGGUCAAAGCUGGGAGAAGUACAAGAAGAAUUUCGCCGACGACGAGAUCGAAGAAAAGAAGAUCACCCCGCUCACAGAUGAGGAUAUCCAAGUCCUCAAGACAUACGGAGCCGCGCCCUAUGGAGCAGCGAUCAAGAAGCUAGAGCAACAAAUAAAGGAGAAGCAACAAAGUGUAGAUGACAAGAUUGGCGUAAAGGAAUCAGACACCGGCCUUGCGCCGCCUCAUCUUUGGGAUGUCGCCGCCGAUCGCCAACGCAUGUCGGAAGAGCAGCCGCUACAAGUAGCACGAUGCACCAAGAUUAUCCCAGAUGAGAAGGACGAGUCGAAGAGCAAAUACGUCAUCAACGUCAAACAGAUCGCCAAGUUCGUCGUCCAGCUCGGUGAGCGUGUUAGUCCGACGGAUAUUGAGGAAGGGAUGCGUGUCGGUGUCGACCGGAACAAGUACCAAAUUCUGCUACCUUUGCCGCCCAAGAUCGACGCGAGCGUAACCAUGAUGACGGUCGAGGAGAAGCCCGAUGUCACAUAUGGCGAUGUGGGCGGUUGCAAGGAGCAGGUUGAGAAGCUACGCGAGGUCGUGGAGAUGCCACUGCUGUCGCCGGAGCGCUUCGGGAACCUCGGUAUCGACCCACCAAAGGGCGCCUUACUUUAUGGCCCUCCCGGUACAGGCAAGACGCUCUGCGCGCGUGCGGUAGCCAACAGGACAGACGCCACCUUUAUCCGGGUUAUCGGGAGCGAGUUGGUACAAAAGUACGUUGGUGAGGGUGCCCGGAUGGUCCGCGAGCUCUUCGAGAUGGCGCGGACGAAGAAGGCUUGCAUCAUCUUCUUUGACGAAAUCGACGCCAUUGGCGGUGCGCGUUUCGACGAUGGAGCCGGCGGUGACAAUGAAGUGCAGCGGACUAUGCUGGAGCUUAUUACCCAGCUCGAUGGCUUUGACGCGCGGGGUAACAUCAAAGUAAUGUUCGCAACCAACCGUCCAUCAACACUCGACCCAGCCCUCAUGCGACCGGGCCGUAUCGACCGCAAGAUCGAGUUCGCCUUGCCAGACCUCGAGGGCCGCGCCAACAUCCUGCGCAUCCACGCCAAGAGCAUGUCGGUCGAGAGAGAUAUCCGUUGGGAACUCAUCUCGCGCCUGUGCCCUAACGCGACCGGUGCCGAGCUGCGCAGCGUGUGUACCGAGGCCGGCAUGUUCGCCAUCCGCGCCCGCCGGAAGGUGGCUACCGAGAAGGAUUUCUUGAGUGCGGUCGACAAGGUCAUCAAGGGGAACCUGAAGUUCAACUCGACCGCCGCCUACGCGCAAUACAACUAA